AUAUAAAAGUAAAAUCGGCGAUCUCUUCUCUGAUAGUCAUUCGCCAGUGAGACGCUAAGUGAUCAACAUUACCAUUUAGAACCAAGCAAAAGUUUUCGUCGAGUAAAAUAUUUUUGAAGAAAAAAUGGAAAAGUGGCAAGGAAAAGUUGCCGUCGUGACUGGUGCUUCUGUUGGCAUUGGUGCUGAAUUAUGUCGAGCUUUGGUUGAAGCGGGAAUGAUUGUAUGUGGAAUGUCAAAGCGUAAAGAUAAAAUGGAGGCUGUCCGUAAAAAUCUCGUUGACAAGUAUGUUGAAGUAAAUUUCAAAUGCAUAGAAUGUGACAUUCGUGAUGAGCGUCAAGUAGCUGCCGCAUUCAAAUGGAUUGAAGAUGUUUGUGGUGGCGUUGAUCUUCUGAUAAAUAACGCUGGUGUCAUCACCAAAGGCCUUCUUUUGGAUCCCAAAAACACAAUUGAACUAUAUCGAACUAUGGAAACAAAUAUUAUUGGAUUGUGCUUGGUUACACGUGAAGCAGCACGACUUAUGAAGAAACGCGAUCAGGAAGAAGGAACCAUCGGACACAUCGUCAAUAUUAACUCCAUUUUCGGACACAAAAUUCAUGCUUGUGUGCCUGGAACUAAACCACUCAAUGGAAUGUACCCAGCUUCAAAAUUCGCCGUCACAGCCAUCACCGAGUGUGUACGUCAAGAAUUGUUGUAUUUAGGAACAAAAAUAAAGUGUACAAGUAUUUCUCCGGGAUUGGUCGAAGGUGACGUGGGAACACUUAAUACAUCGCACGAAAUGAUCAAAGUUAUGCCGAAACUAACACCACAAGAUGUAUCUGAUGCUGUAAUUUAUGCAAUUUCAACUCCUGAAAAUGUCCUAAUUCACGAAUUGAUCAUCAAGCCGGUGGGCGAAUUCUUAUAAGUCGACACCGCUCAUAAAUCUGUUGUUGGCUGGCGCAAUUCACUUUCGGUUUUUUUGUCAGUUGAAAAACAUUUAAUUUCUUCUUUCUAUCUAUGUAAAUAAGAACGUUUUAAAUAAAAUUAAAGUAUUAAUUAUUACUCAUUACUUUCACUGACAUUUUUAAGUAUCUACUAAAGAAUCAUUCACUCAAACAUUAUUCUUGAAACAUUUCAUUUCGACAUGAUAAUUAAAGAGAAUUACUCAAAACAAUGAAAAUGUUGACAAUCAUCAAUCAUGAUGACAGAAAAUUUGACAGCGUUGUGAGAGAAAACGACCACUUAAAUAUUUCUCUUGAAAGAUCGAAGAAAAAUAUCAGAAAAAAGAAAACUUAAAGCGAUGAAAAAUGAUUUUACCACAUGAUCAUGAUUUUCGUGUCAAAUGAAUAUCACAUAUGAAGUUAAUCAAUGUUAGGCUUGGCUCAUGAUCUUCAGCUUUAUAAAUCACCUGCACUUGAGUGUUCUACGGCUUGUUAACACUGACGCAGAAAUUAUUAAUUGAAACAUGUGAAAUCUCUGUC